AUGGCGAUCAUCAGACAUUUUCGUCGAAGGGUAAAUUUAAUCGCAGUUUUACUGCUUGCCACGAUGUCCUGGAUAUUUUACCUGAUUGUUUCUGCUCCUGCUGCUUCAGAUGUUGUCCAAAAAGAUCGGAGGUUUCAAAAUUCACUUUUUCCGAACGAGGAUAGCAGUGUUAUGAGAGAGUCCGUAACCAGGAUGGUAAUGGCUGCCCAAGAAAUGGCCUCUCCAAAAAUGGCCCCUCCAAAAAUGGCCCCUCCAGCUGUUCAGAAUCCCCCUGGCAGGGAGAUGAUUGGGCCAGCACCGGAACAAAAUAACUUUAGCAACAAGAUACCAAGACCUCCACCAGAAAAUAUGGGAGCCGAUACAGAGAAGGAGGGCAAAAACCAUGAUCCUGAUAAGCUUGUUGAUAAUCAGAAUAAACCUGUUAACACAAAUGAAGGUGCUGGUGAGAAGGGUAAAGAUAAUGACAGCGAGAAGAAAGUUGAAGCUGAUAAAGAUAAGGAAGUUGAGGUGGGAAAGGAGGAUAAAGACAAGGUGAAAGAUGAGAAGAAAGAGGGUAAUGAAAAAGAUAUCAUUAAAGAAAUUCAGGAUAAUAUUAAAGACAUUAAAGAAAAUAUUAAAAAUAUAAAAGAAGGAAAAAUUGGAGAGGAUGUGGUCAAAUUGAAUAAUGUAACUAAAGUUAUAAAUGCAACAGUUGAACAAGCUGUGUUUGAAAAGGUGGAAAAUAAAGUAAAAGCUAUUGGUGAAAGUGUUAAAAAUAAAACUUUAGAGAAGUUAGCCAACUUGGGGGUUUAUAAAAAGAAGGAAUAUGAAAAGUUAGUAUAUCAGCAUAUUAAUUGGAAUUUAAGUUUAUCUUUUGAGGAUAUUGGGAAUAUAAUGAAAGAUACAGAAUAUCUUCAAAAGAAGCAAAAUUUGACAGAAAUGGCUUAUCAGCCAUUAUAUCAACCUGGUUCAAAUGCGACACUAAAUAUAAGUUCGUCCAAGUAUGGGCUAGGUUAUUGUGAGUGUAGGGACUUGUCUUGUUUAUGCUGUGUCAGGGUAUUUAAUAAAAGAAUGAGAUUAAACAGUACGUCCUGUGCAGCCAUAGCCUACUCUUCAAAAUCUCAGGAACUUCAGUAUGAGUUUUCUGUGGACAAGAAAACAUAUUUUACUCGCACAAUAGCAGCUGAGUUUCCGCCAAAAAUCUGCCUGGAGGCUGCUGGGAAGGUGGCUGGCAUCUGCACGCUGUUCUCCAAUGUGACAGCUAAGGUGAAUGUUGCGAACGAGGACCACAAGAUCCACUUGUCCGGCUGUAUGGAGUUCGAUCUCACGCUUUAUAACCGCACACUGAGUGGUUUUCCGAUCGGCUGUUUCCAGAUUCCCGGUGAACGGACGAUUAAAGAGGAAGAAAAUAAAGCUCAAAAUAUGAUAAACUUUGUCCCAUAGUGUUCAUGUUGUAGAACUUAUGAAAAUGUAUUGUUAAUUGCUUUAAAUUUGCCAGUUUCAUUUUUGUGAUGUUUUGUGGCACCAUGUCCCCAACAAGUUCAAAACUUUUAUAACAGGAUUAAGCUAAGUUCAAUAUAUGUUUGUUGUGCUUUUAUUUGUGAUAUAUUCUUAUUUUAAAGAGGCUUAAGGAUAGUUAAACAAAAAUGUUUAAUAAUAAUCCCGAUAAACUAUUUUGGCUAAAUGAGGAUUAAGCUUAUUAUGAUUUUUUAUAUUAAAAAAUUGGUCUCAGACGAUUAACAGCAAUUUUGUAUUGUGCUAUUUACAAUAGGACUUGAUAUAUUAUUCAGCAAAAUUUUGAUAUUGCAGUUGGGUUUUAGACAUGUAAAUGUUAGCGCAAAACCUGGCCCUUGUCAAGUUCAAAUAUCUACGGCAGAUAGAAAACUAGUCUAGUUUUUAUAAAUUAUUCAAUUGUUUUAUUUAAGAAGUACUUUUUAAAAAAUGUAAUUUUUUACUAGUUUUUAUCAAAACUACAUAUAACAGCACCUGCUUGAUAGAGAUAUUUAUUGACUUAGUUUAUAGUUGUUAGAACCUGAAACAGCGUGAAUUUUGAAAUUGAAUGAAUAUAUUUUUUUACACAAUAUGCAAAACUUGAUUUCAUGAUCAAAACCUGAUUUUUAUAAUGAUAGGCUGGCAUAGAGUAUUGAUUGUAAAAUCAAGAAACUAAUAUAAUAGGAUUAAAUUCUUUAUUUUUACUCUAGUCAUAAGUAUUAAUCUUGGUUAUUUCCUUGUGUAAAAAAGUAUUUUGGAUGGUCCCUUGGAUAUCGAGCCAAACAUUUUCCACUGUACUUGAAAAGGUCAUAAAUAAUCUUUUUUGGCCUUGAAAUAUUACAAAAAAAGUCUUUAUUGAUUUUUUCUGCAUAUAAAUAAUCACCCAGCUAGACCCUUUCAAUCGAUACCAAAAUUAUAUGAGGUGAGCAGGCAUCACAAUUUAACAUUGCAACCAAUGGCACAAUCAUAUGUAAAACCUUGUUGGCACAUUGUUUAUCUUAAUAUGUUUUCGUUAAGUUUGUAGAUAAGGUAUUUAAUUAAAUAUAUUUAUUAUUGAUUGCAUCUGUGAAUAUGUAGAUCAUAGUAGGAUAUGGCAAUGUUUAGUUGAUUUUGUUUCUACAAAAAAUAAAUGAUCUGUUUUGCUAGGAGAUUUUUGCAAGUAUGGUAGCAUUUAGGGCACAUAUUCUGAACAUCUCAAGUCAUUUCCUAAACCUUUUUCCUCAAACUUUUAUGGUCAAAUUAAAAGUUAUUAAAAUACCAUAAUUAGUAUUUCUAGCUGGAGUUUUCAUCUUAACAUGGGUUAUAGGUUGGCGAAAAAACAGAGCAAGCGCACAGGUGUUGUUAACAAUUAAUGAAUUUUGUGUUUUUCUUUUUCUGUCUCAGAAGUAGGAUAUAUAUAUAUAUAUGAUAAGCGUGAAAUAAAGACCAGGUUAUACAAGGUUGAAAGUCAAAUCAAGAAAAAAAUAUGUACAUCAACUCAACAGCGUAUAUCCAAUCUACAUAAAACUUAGUCUGAUUGGUUGUCAAAUGGGUCCUAAAGGGUCAAAUAUUAAAAUUAAAAGUAAAAUAUUUUGACAUUUUUGUGUUAAAAGUUUCUUUUGCUUUUUAUUAAUUCAACAGUGUAAUGGUACCCAAUCUUCAAGAAGCUCAGUCAGAAUAUUUCUCUGCAUGGUAUUUAGAAACAGUGUGCAUAUUGGUUGGCAACUUAUUCAUUUUGCUCUAUAAGCAUAUGUCCUCCUGCCAACAAUUGUCAGAAUGAAAAACACAGCUUUAAUAAGGUGUCCACUUGAACUGGUUGCUUUAAACAUAAAGUAUGAAUUUUGAUUCAAGUCAAUGAAAAUAUGUUGUAUUGACAUUAUCAAGAAAUAAUAUCAUAACUGGUGAGAUGCUUAAAUUAGGUAAAGGAUAAAUUUAGGAAAUGAAUUAAGGUUUUUCUAUGAAUAACAGCCCUGAUACUUGUAUUGUUUGCUUUGUCUUAUGUUAGGAUAUUUCACAUUUUAGCCCCUUAGAUAAUUGUUACAGUAAUUGAGAAUUAGAAAUCAGUAUUUUGAGAAUGAAUGAAUGGCACAGGCCUUGAAUAAUGUCCCCUGUUUGCGAAUCAUUUGCUGUAACAACCGAGCUUACUGGCUCCGAUAAACUCACAUUCCCUCUGAGCUGUGUCACAAUGUCAUGUGAUACAAGGUUUGUGUUUUUGGUAACAAUUGAUUGCACCUUGGGUUAACACACCUUAAGCUUACCCUUUUUAAUAAGAUUAUAAAUACUAGUACUAUAGUGUGUUUGAAAUGGUUCAUAAACAGUCAUCGAAAUCAGAAUAAACAAGCCGCAAAAUCUAGCUGGAGUGCUUUUCCCAUAAAAAAAUCUCAACAGGCCCUGCUAUCAUUGUAAUAUCAAGGUUUUAAACAGGCCUGAUAAAACAUUUUACCUGUUCACGACUUGCAGGCUUGUGCUAAUUUCAACCACUAUAAAUUAUUAAUUUGAAAUUCCUCAUAUAUGUUCUUUGUUUUAUUGUGUUCUAACCAUUUAAUUGCUCAAUAUGUAAACGUGCGCAAUAUUUUUGUUUAAUAAAGAGAUUUCGUUGUUUUCUUAGUUAAAGUUGAAAACUCAAAUGUCUACCAAACCAAUAUUCCUGAUUUAAUGUAAGAUUAGGUUGAGCACAACAUUAUUUUUUCUCUAUUAUUUGUUAACCUUGAACAGAGGUCAAAUUUGGCUUGAAAACCUUGUAAUGAUUAUGUGAAAAACCGAGUAAUUUGUGUCUCAAAUCUCAAUAGACUCAUUAUUUCCAUGGCACAUCAGUUAUGCACCAGUCAGUUGUAACCACGGCCCCCCAGAUCCAGAGGUAUACCGGGGAUAGCCAGGGAAAUUGGGCCGAGUUUUUACCUUCAAAGUGGCCCUGCAGUGCCAGGUGAAUGCGGUGGUUUUGUCUUCAUAUCCAAAAUAAUGGGGAAUGGGCCUUACCUAGGGUCCCUGGGGUGUGGGGGCAUUUUGAAUGGAUUGGCAGUUCAUCCCAGCGGGCGGGGAUUUUUACCCGGGUUUGGCUGAACUGAAAGUCAAAG